AAUUCUGUCUAUAUUACUGAAUUUUCUUCGAGUCGCUCUAUCGAGCAUUAUCGCGAAUCAAUACAUAUAUUUUUCCGCAGCUUCUUACCUCACAGAACUAAGCGUCGCUAGUCAAGAUGGCUGACUCUCUCGGCGGACAUUCUUCCCGGAUCGAGCAGGUACCGCUCGACGCGAACCAGCACGGACAAGCUCAAAACAUCAUAGGCGAGCAAAAGUCCAACUAUGGCAACACCACACAGGUCGACAUAGGCUCUCACGCCGAAGCCCAGGCCGAGCAGGUCAAGGAUCAGGUCGAUGGCGCUACCCCUAGCGGGCCGAAGAGGGCAACCCCGGAGAGUGGCGGACGCGUACAGGUGGGCGAGACGGGCGACUUGCAUGAUUUGGCUGCGCGGCGACAGCCUUAGGGUUCCCAUCCUGGUGAUGGGUAAGCAAUAUAUCGUUGGACGUUUCGGGAAAUAUGGCCUGGUUCCUUUCGCGUGGAGUUCGUUUUCCGGAAGAGAGGCGCUUCUGUACCAUUAUC